GCUUUUUACAGCAUCAAUUACAAUCUUAACACGACCUACAAUGAUUCAUCAUCCGCAAAAUGCCACCAACUCUUUAUAUUUCUCGACACGCCAAGGCCGAGCACAAUAUCAAGCACCGAUUCCAUAUUCCAGAUCCAAUCUUGACUCCCAGAGGUCAUACAGAAUGUCGGAAUCUCCGCAAAACAUUUCCACAUCAUAACAAGAUUGACCUCAUUCUCUCAUUGCCCCGUCGCCGUGCCAUUCAAAUCACCCUUUUUGCAUUUAGCAAUACACUCGCUCAACUUGAGGAUCCGUAUCUUCUAGUACCUAAUGCUCAAGAAGUUAUCGCAAAGCCUUGUGAUACAGGGGUUUCAAUAUAUGUGUUAAGGGCUGUGGAGAUUCCAGAAAUUUUCAAGGAAGAGGGAUUAAGCUUUGGCACGGAGAAGAUUGGUUUUGGUUUAGUGAAGGAUGAAUGGAAUUCGAAGGUUGGCAUAAUAUUCUUGCUACCAUUUGAAAAUCAAAAUCUUGGGAAGACAUCAGAAGGAUUCUACAAAUUCAAAAUGGUUUGAUAUGACUGAUACUGUGUUUUUUUCCAGAAAGGUUUCUAUGCGCCUGAUCCUGAAGCCAUCCAAGCACGAGCUGCUGCUCUCCGAGUAUGGCUCUAUGGGAUUGAAGCACAACACGUUGUUUUAGUAACACACGGAGGUUUCCUUCAUUACUUAACCGAGGAUGGGACAGUCAGCGAUCCGAUGAAAGGGGUUUCUCACAUGUCUCUUACUUCCUCCUUGGAAAAUCGUCUUAUAACCAAUAGUUUGUGGUUACAACAAUUGCGAAGUUCGAAUAUUCACAUUUACGAAAGACUCGACGGCAGAAAUGGCUCAUGUCUUUGAAGUUCAAUAGGAGUAGCAGGUUAUGAAGACUGAAAACACUAUUCUUGCGGAAUCGGAUGAGGUUGGAUGAUUCCUGGAGUACCUAUUUCUUUUCCUUUGGCUGGCUAUUGCUAGCUAGAACGUCUAUCAGAUUCUCAAGUCAAUUAAUGGUGGGUGUCGUAAUCCA